CAGCGAGCUGAUAAGUCAUUCCAUUGAGGAUGAUCGCCGUGGUCCAGGUGGAUGUUCACACUGCAACACUUCCCCGGACCUCUCGGUCAAUACCCUCGGGUUUUUCAAUGUGGACCAUGUCAACGAACACCGUCCUUCUCACAAACUGUCAUCUCCUCCGGGGAGCGAUUAAAGCGACACUUGUCUCCUGCGGAGGCUUUUGUUUUUUAACAAAGUUGAAAUUUCCAAUAUGGUAGGAGAGGUUGUUGUUGUAGCGCGGACUGUUGUCAUGUCCCCGCAGUGCCUGUAGUGGUGCUGUGAGGAGUCCACUGUGGCUCCGGCAAAAAUCCUCAGCAGCCUACCUUCUGCUUGUAAUUUGCUCCGGAUAGCGUAUAUUUACAUGUAUCCUUGUUUCGCGAUGCACCGAGCUCGAUGAAGAAAACCAUUUCUCUCCUAUCUCGAAUAUCGAUGCACAAGUAGCCUAGCUGAUUCUAGUAGACAUUUCGGCCGUCUGUCUGGAGCGAAUACCUUACGCAGCCCAUACCAAUUCAAGGUAAGCGACACCGCGAACAGCCUCGGCCUCGAUUUCUGCGUGUGCCGUUUCGCAGACGCGUCAGUCGGCCGGCUGCGCCACGACAGGCCGCUGUGCCGUCGAAGCUAGCAGGCCUCUCAUUCAUGACUCAUUACUUUCAUAACUUGGGAUCAGACCGAAUGACUCGGUGUCUUGUGAUAAUAUGUGGAGUUGCGCACUGCUGACAGUAAUAAACCUUCCGGCCUUCCAUCGUUACAAUUAUGUGGCGAUAGCUCAUAUCGAUUAUUACCGAGGCCUCCGAUAGCAGGCCGGACGCCUCGUAUGUAGACCCUUUGUUUGGACGUAUUUCACUAUUAAUGUGUCAUGUUUGUAUUCAUUAAAACCCCGCGAUGGUGAUCAUUUAAUCGCUGAAUUGUAUGAUCGCGACCGCAUUUUAGAUUAAAAACCCCACUGAAAAUAGACCUUUACAUUGUUACCAUUUGCUCACGUUUCCGUUUCCUGGUUAGCUACCGCCUACUAAUUUAUGUUUUUAGCUUUGCUAGCGUGUUAGCUAACUGGGCUCAUUUGACUUCUCGCGUGUUGUCGGAUGACGAUAUCGAGUGACUUCUGUCCUCGGCUUGGAUGCAGCUGUGUUGUAGGGGGGCGGAUGCGCGCUACACGCAGACGUGUUCACACGUUUAAGCCCUAAAGUUCACCAUCUGCCUGUCGGCUCCGCGCUAACGCGGGCGAGCUAGCUCCCCGGACUCGAGCGGCAGUUGCGCUCGAGGGGGGGGGGGGGGGUUCUACACUCGUUUGUUGCCUGUCCGCUUCUCUGAGUCCACCCGAAGAUGUCGAGUGCAGUUGACCGGGCUGACGUGGAAGAAUGACUCCCGGCAGAUCGCGUGUCCAGCGUGUACCUCGGUCGUCCGGGGCCGUAGCUUUUCUUGGAACCGACUUAAAAAGAACUUCAGUCAAAGGCGGCGGCAGCGGCUGGGAAGCUAAGCAACACUUUCCUCCACGGUGCGUGUCGUGAACAUCAGCAUCAUCAUCAUCAUCAGCAGCAGCAGCAGCAGUCUGCGAUGUGCUUGUGUAUUAUGAAGAGAUGGAGUCGAAACCAGAACGUGGCGCGUGUGUUCCCUGUGGGUUCAGAUGUCCACAGUCCAGAAAGUGGCUUCUAUUAGUUCCUAGCGUUGCCAGAUCGCUGUCAUACAAUAUCCUGUUCUACCGCCGUCAUCGUGUCAUCUGAUGUUGUCAAGGACAAGAGUCACGUGAUGUAUGAAGGCAAACACAUACACUUCUCAGAGGUGGACAAUAAGCCGUUGUGCUCGUACAGCCCAAAGCUGUGCAAGCAGCGCAGACUAAAUGGCUAUGCCUUCUGUAUCCGGCACGUCCUGGAGGACAAGACGGCCCCCUUCAAGCAAUGUGAAUAUGUGGCCAAGUACAACAGCCAGCGAUGUACCAACCCCAUCCCCAAGUCUGAGGACCGCAGGUACUGUAACAGUCACCUGCAGGUUCUUGGCUUCAUCCCCAAGAAGGAGAGGAAAAAGAAACACGACGCUCUAGAGGAAAUGCGCUCGCGGGCUCACCUGGAGUCGGUGGCGCUCAACAUAACUGUGCCCUCUCUAGCUCUGAAAGCUCCCAACGGUCUAGAUGAACUUCCUCCAUCUCCCCCCUUCACACGUCUGUUACCCCACCCCCAUGGGGAACUCCCGGACCCUUUCGCCUUCUAUGAGGAUGACACAGACGGGGAGGAGGUUGGUACUCCUCGCAGGGGCAACGCCAUCAAGAAGAAAUUACAGAGUCGGCUGGUGCUCAACCAGAAACUCUGCCACGACACGGACCUCUUCCAGCCACCUCCUGAGCACUUUAGUCCCUCCCCUGUCCCCCGGGUCCACCCCUCCUCACCUCUCAACACUCAUCUCCCACGGCAGCAGUCAGGUCUUCUCCAGCCACCCCAGCACUCCAGCGUGACUUCCUUCAGCUUCCCAGGACAGCAGCAGGGUUUAUUAUGCAAUCCACCACCACCUCAGACAGUCAACUUUCUGCCUCCAGGGAUGCCCUCAAAUGCAGCACCUAGUCCAGUGCAACCUUCUGGGCCAUCGCUUAGCAGGAAAAUGCCUUUCACUGCUACUCACUUGCCUGUCAGCUGCAAGGACAGUGGCGGUAACAAUCAGCGGCAAGUGGUUGUCAUGCGUCCAACUGCCUUCUCACCCUCUGCCAGCUGUUUAGCCAGGUUGCAACAUCUGGUGCAGCUCUGUGCCAAGAGACACCGGGAGCAUGGAGACCUCUUUCCACAUCUAGGCUUGGACUGGUCAGAAGACAGUGCUGACGACGACGAUGACGACGAAGAGGAGGCAUUCGUUCCUUUUCAGACCUCGUGGAGACCACACAAUGGGUUUGAAGACAACUGCGGUUCCUCUCGCAGAACGCGGUUACUGAGGCUUUGCUCGUACCUCCAGGAGAAAUACAAGCACAUGUGCAGGCAGGAGAGGGCGAGUAUCCGCCAAAAGAGAUACCGCUAUGCCUUCCGCAAAGCCUUGCUGCACGCUGCCAGUAACAAUCCCGACAGUGCUGCGCAGCUGAUCCAGGAAUUUGGCGGUGCCUCUCGAAGCUCUCCAAGUGUGGCUCCAGCGAAGCAGGAGAACAUGGACACAGGGACCUGCACGGGCAGCACAAAGGGCCAGGCCUGCAACAACCGAGCGCUGCCCUUCACUCAGCACUGCUUUCAACACAUUCUAUUGAAUCGUUCCCAACAGCUCUUUGCCAGCUGCACGGCCAAAUUUGCAGACGGUCAGCAGUGCUCCAUCCCCGUGUUUGAUAUCACGCACCAGACGCCCCUCUGCGAAGAGCACGCCAAAAAGAUGGACAACUUCCUGCGCGGGGAUGGAAACCGGCGAGUGCAACACCAGCAACAGCAGCAGCGGAAGCCACGUAAAAAGACCAAACCACCGGCGCUCACCAAAAAACACAAGAAGAAGAGGAGGAGAGGGCCACGGAGGCCUCAGAAACCCAUCCCGCCAGCGUUGCCACAGGGAAACCUGGGAAUGCCUUUGACUAGCCUCGCAAUGCCCUCACAGGCCAGCAUCAGGAGCCCUUCAACUCCAGACCUUAGCGCAGAAGAGCUUCCUGACGACAUUACAAACGAAAUGGCAGACAUUCCAAAUGACCUCGAGCUGAACCAGGAAGAUUUCUCCGACGUGUUACCCAGACUACCUGAUGACCUGCCGGACUUUGACUUGUUUGAAGGUAAGAACGGGGAGCUCCUGCCCACAACAGAGGAGGCUGAGGAGCUGGUGCGUGCACUGCAGGCUAUGGGGUCCUAUCCAGACUCUUUAGUGUGCCUGACCUCCAUGGCAGACCUGGCCUCGUCUGAAGGUGUGGACCACAGAGCCAUGACGGUGUUCCCUGGUCCGGUCCAGCCGGGGACCAUGGGGGAUCUGCUGAGCAGUCGCAUCCCCACAGAGAAUUUUACCAGUCUGGAGCUGGAGGACAACAUCCUGCAGUCCACCGGGGGACACUUUCCCCCCUCGCCGCCAUCUCAGCCUGCUAACCAGCCGCCGACGUCAUGCUCCAACCUGACCUCAUCUUCUUCUACAGUAGCCCCCCCCACCACCUCACUGCUCACUCAGACCUCCAUCACGGAGCGAACGUUUUCUCGGACACACGCCUCCCACGUCCUGGCCAAGUCGGACGCCCCCACGUCGUCUCCGCAGGGCAGCCACUACAGCAGUGAGCACGUGUCAUCUCCGUACAGCGACCACAUAUCUUCUCCCCAUGCCAGCUCCUUUCAGACUGACACCCCUCUGCUGCUGGAGGUUCCUCUCAGCGGGGUACCAGGACCCCCGCGCUCAUCCUGGAAUAACAUCCCUCUUCCCCUCGCCGACCCCACACAGUUUGGCAAUCUCAUAGGAUCAGAAAGUCAUCUCAUAUCCACCUCGCUGUCCACCCCCCCGGCCACCACCCACUCUGUGACGCUGCAGCCCAUCGCAGCCCUCUCGGCGAUGCCUCAGAGCGGCAUGACCGGUCUAACGACUCCCCCCGCCCCCUCGUCCUCCCUGCCGUCGUCCUCGCACGACCUUUUGACCUCCACACAGCCCAAGCAACAGCUCCCUCAGUUCAGCGCGGCCUUUGGCCAUCAAUUGGCCUCCCACAGUGGCAUCCCGAAAGACGUUCAGCCUAGCCACAGCUCCACAGCGCCUCCUGCUGGCUUCUCCAUAGUUAGUGCCACUGCUGCAAGUGCCAACAGCACCACACCGCCCUUCACACACAGUAAAUGAGAGCAGGCGGCCUGCAGCUGCUGAACGACGGUCUGCAGACUCGGUCACUCACGAUCCAGUCGGCCGGCUUCAGACUGACAACCCCUCUUCAUCUACUACACUUGUGCAAUGUGGUCACAGUGCACUAUUUGAUACUGAAUUUGCACAACCUCAGAUGUUCCUCUAGUUUCAUUCUUUUUGCUCUGCAGCCAGACGGUCUCUGGGAUGUUGAGUCGGUGUGAGUCCACGUGUUUGAUGCCUUGUGGUUGAAGUCAGCAGGAGGUUGGAGUCGGUCAGAUUUGUGCGAUGAAAUAAACGGGUGAAGAUUGGCAGAAGGACCUUUUAUAAGAGAUUAUCUGUGUCAGAAUCAGAAGCUUCAAUCGCCGGUCAGUUUUGUUUGCUUUGCCAGUUUCAGUCCUGUCUUAAAAUGAUCAACUGUACCCUGCCUUGCUCAGAUGGCCAUUGCGUUUAUUUAAAACUUUUCCACCUUUUUCAUACACUUCUUCUGCCCCCCCCCCCCCCCCCCCCCCUCCCUUCCCUGAAAAAACAGUACAAGUUGUGAUAUUUGUGAUCCACCAUGUUUCAAGCUAUUUAACUGUUACCAUGAUAUAGAAUCUUACGGAGUCAGAUUUUCACAGUCAUGAAUUUACCAAAAAUACUUUUAAACAGCUGUUUUUAUAUUGUGUAUACUAUAUAUGUGCUCAUUUAUUCGUUUGCUCAGACGUCAAAAUCUCUGACCUCACCGUUGGUUGUGGGACUCUGAGUGGCCCAGUAGACACUUGAAGAUUAGAACAACUAGUUUCUUAAAGCAAUAAACACAUUAACAUAACUCUAGCAUUGUAAGAUAUUUUAUUGGUCUCAUUACCAUGUAGCUUCACUUUGCCAAAUCCAGGUUGGAUGAAGGACGUUUGGGCCGCUGUGUUACUGUUGUUUUAGACAACAGGUUUCGGUCAGCGUAGCUUCUCGUCUCGAGUCGAGUGGAUUUGUGAGGCUAAUAAAUGUGUUUUCAGUGUUAUAGCAUGGGUAAUGACGGGGGUAAUCCAGGGAUUUAAGUGUCUACUAUCAAAGGUGCUCUCGGAUCCACAUGCACAAUGGUCUGUUGUGACGUGCAUGUCUCAUAAUUUUUUUUAAAAAAGACUAAGGAACCCCCACUUUAAGACGUCAAGGCCGCGCCACCUUGAAAAGGCGUAGGCAGUGAAUUGGCACUGGAAAAGAAAAUUUUUACUCCUCAGCACGGUGAAAUGUGAUGGUAUGACUGGGUGUGUUGGUGAGCACACCCGGGGGUAAGGCACUGUCUGUUUUACUCAGCGAUGAUUUUAAGCUAAAUGAUGCAAACCUGGGGUCUGGAUUUGAUUUUUUUUUUUUUUGAAUUAGAAAAAAAAGACUCAUAAAGCAGUGCAACCAUGGUUUUUGAUGAUAUCUUAGACAUUUGACAGAUGUCAGACAUUGUUGAGUAUUAGGUAUAUAGAGUAGCGGUCUCUAUCUUGGGGUUUGUUGGUGAAUUAUUGAGUAGCGAUGGAUUGAAAUUGUUCUUUGCAAUGUAUUCAGUGGAACCUGUCUUGUAGAAGGAGUCUCGUGUUUUUAAUGGCUAUCAAAACGGUCGUGUCCGAGGGGAUCAAUGUUCGUAUGCUCUUGUAUGCCGUCAUUUUGUUGUUUUUAAGUAAUGUUCUGGUGGAGAAAAAGUUUUUGAUAGCUAUUAAAUUCCCGGAAGAAGUUUGAGAUCGCACGGGGGAAGUGAUCUUUUGUGUGAGAGCAUUAUAAUAUGAAUAUUAGAGUAUGGUCACUUGGUGGUAUGAAACUUUGGAAUAUAUGCAUUGCCAUUUUGUGGAGAAAAACAAAUUGACGUACAAUAUGUUGCUCUUUUUUUUCUUCUAUAUAGAUUUGCACAGGAGUGGAUGAGGCCGGUGGUGUGUCACAUGUCCCGUGUCUCUUCCUGUUUUAUUUUUUCCCCCACUCCCCACUUUGGACGCCUAUUAAACUAACAUGUGCCACCAUUAGAUCAUUAGCAGCUCUGAGCCUGCACCAGAGACCCCCCCCCCCCCCUCCUCUGUCUCUCCCUUCCAAAGACAAAAAACACGUUACGAAGUGUGAACCUGUAGCUUCACCAGAGACGACCGGGGCUUCUCCGUGACUGCAGUGUUCUUCACAAAUCAGGUCGGAAGACAAAAACGUUUGCAAGGCAAUACUGUUGUGUCCACAUUUCAUGAGAUUAGUUGCUGCACCAGUUUACUCCUCCCGACAACCACGUAGAACAAAAACUCACAGGGCUCGUAGGCACAUGUAACUGCUCGAAUUCAGAGAUGGCUGACAAAAAAUUCCUAUACUCAUUGAAUGUACUGUAUUACUGUUUUUAAAGAUAGGAUGAGCUAAUCUAGUCACCUUUUGUUAUUGGUCCUUGUUUAAUUUGUCUGAGGUAUUUUUUGUAUACAAAAGUUUACAUUUUUAUGUAUAUUUUUCUUGUGUACAAAUUAUGUAAUAUGUGUACAAACACUGUAUGUAAUAUCUGUAUAUAGUGUGAGAAAUUUGAUCUUUUUUUUUUGGAUGUAUAAAUAAAACUUGCUGUGAGGUAUUUGCUGA